UCUGAUCACAAAACGUCGCCACAUGAACAAACGAGUUAAGCCUAUAUUAGAACCUUCUCCUCUACAAAAUUAAUUUAUUUUUCUUCGUAAAUUACAUAAUUAAUUUUAGUUUUUUGAUUUUCUGAUUUCUGAGACCGAUGAAAUGAAACUCAAUAAUAUAUGUUUAUAAAUAAAUAAAUAAAAGAAGUACUCUAUUUUAAUUUUCUUCUUUCUCUCCCUUCUCCCUUCCUGAGGAGCUCUCUCUUUGGCCGCUGGUUAGGGCUUCUCGUUUCACGUCUCCCCAACGCGGUUUAAUUGAAACUGUCACCCGAUACUGUACUCCUCGAGGGCAAACCCAAUCCCUAAUAAAACUCAGAAAUCCGCAACGCUCCUGGUCCGCCGAAGGAAUUCUGUUGCAUUGUCUUUAUUGGGGAAGCAAUAUAGAGUUAGGGUUUGAUGCUUUGGCUGAACUCGGCAUCUGCCGAAAGGGAGAAGGGUUGGGUCCGGAUUCUCGAUGGCCAAUCCUGGUGUCGGGAGCAAGUUCGUGUCUGUGAAUCUCAAUAAGUCGUAUGGGCAGCCUCCAGUUUCAUUGGGAAAUACGGCAGCAAGCAGAAUUCGGCAAGGUAGUCAUCAUGCCGGAGGUGGCGGCGGUGGAAUGGUGGUUCUUUCAAGACCUAGGAGUUCAACUGUGGGUGCACAGAAGAGUGGGCCCAGGCUUUCAGUUCCACCCCCCUUGAACUUGCCGUCAUUGCGGAAGGAACAUGAGCGUUUUGAUUCCUCGCUGGCCGGUGGAGGUUCUGUCGGUGCUGGCAGUUCUGCUUCUGGAUCCAGACCCACCUCUUCUGGUAUGGGUUGGACCAAGCCGGCCCCUUCUGCUUUGCGAGAGAAAGAUGGCGUUGGUGGCGUCGACUACCCCUUGCUCGGAAGAUCAGGACCAUCAUCAGGGGGUGGAAAUCAGGCGGUUGAUGGUGGGGAUCUGCUCUCGUAUUCUGUAGAUAAUGCAUCCAAGGGGGGCAGUGUUUAUAUGCCACCUUCUGCUCGGUUGGGGGCAGUUGGAACUUCAGCUGCUGGUCCUGCACGUGAAUUUACUCCAGUAGAGAAGGCUGUUGUAUUAAGGGGUGAAGAUUUUCCUUCCUUGCAAGCGACCUUGCCUGCCACAUCUGGUCCUGCACAGAAGCAGAAGGAUAUUUUGCACCAGAAACAGAAACAAAAGGUAAUUGAAGAAUCUUUGAUUGAGCAUACAGACAGCUCCUAUUCAAAGCCACAAUUUCAUAUGCGGCCACAGGUUCAGUCUUCCCGUAGUACUGUUAGCAGUGGCUUGAAGGAGAACCAUGGCUUCAGUAAUGUCUCAGGUGGUUCUGGUACUGCAGAACAGUUGCGCAAACAAGAUGAGUACUUUCCAGGUCCUUUGCCACUUGUCCGGUUGAACCAUACAUCUGAUUGGGCUGAUGAUGAACGUGAUACAGGCCAUGGUCUCCCAGACCGAGACAAGGACCAUGGUUUCUCAAGAAGUGAAUCUCUUCGCCAUAGAGAAUUUGAUAUGCCAAGGAACACUGUGCUUACACGUUCUUCAGUUCAUGAUCAUUCCGACAACCGAGGUCUACAUGAUGAUGAAUCCGCAAAGAUGUCUUUGAGAGGGGAACCUUAUGGUAAAGAUGUAAGAACUCCUAGUAGAGAAGGUCGAGAUGGGAGCUCCUGGAGAACCUCUUCACUAUCAAAAGAUGGAUAUGCUAGUCGUGAAGUUGGAAUUGACAGAAAUGGGGUUGGUGCCAGGCCUUUCAGUAUGAACCGUGAAAUGAAUAAGGACAAUAAGUACGGUCAGUUGCCAUUUGGAGACAAUUCUCGGGAUGUUUUCAGCAGUGGUAUCACGGGAACUCAGGACUUGAGAUUUGGUAGGAGGGAUUUGGGUUUUGCACAAGGAAAUAGAGAAACUGGGAGUCAUAUGGCAGCAUCAUUUAGUGGUAGAGGAGGUGAUUUGAAUGUGUGGGACCGGCACAAUGGUGAUAUCUCAAAUCGACACAGAAGUGAAAUCUUCCAGACCAAUUUUAUGCCCAAAAGUUCAUUUUCUUUGGGAGGCAAAGGGCUACCUGUAAAUGAUCCAUCACUUAAUUUCAGUAGAGAAAAACGUUCCUUCUCAAACAAUGGAAAACCAUAUCAAGAGGAUCCUUUUCUUAAAGAUUUUGGCAGUAGUCCUGGGUUUGAUGGAAGGGAUCCUUUCUCUAGUGGUCUUGUUGGGGUGUUUAAGAAGAAGAAGGAUGUGCUCAAACAGGCUGAUUUCCAUGACCCUGUUAGGGAAUCUUUUGAGGCAGAGCUUGAGAGAGUUCAGAAGAUGCAGGAGGAGGAGCGACAGCGCAUCCUUGAAGAACAAGCAAGGGCUUUGGAGCUUGCUCGGAAAGAAGAGGAGGAGAGAGAGCGUCUUGCUAGGGAAGAAGAAGAAAGACGGAGAAGACUUGAAGAAGAAGCUAGGGAGGCUGCUUGGAGAGCUGAACAGGAACGACUGGAGGCUGCACGAAGGGCUGAAGAGCAAAAGAUGGCAAGGGAGGAGGAAAAGCGGAGGAUUAUUUUGGAGGAAGAGAGGAGGAAAGAAGCUGCUAAACAAAAGCUUUUGGAGUUGGAAGCAAGGAUUGCAAGGAGGCAAGCUGAACCAACAAAAGAUGAACAGUUUUCUGCUGCUGUUGGGGAUGGAAGAAUGCCAGUGUUGGGGAAAGAAAAGGAAGUGGCAAGGUCAACUGAUGUUGGGGAUUGGGAAGAUGGUGAGAGAAUGGUGGAGAGGAUCACUAGUUCAGCAUCUUCUGAUUCUUUAAGUCUGAAUAGAUCAUCUGAGAUGGGUUCUAGACCUCACUCUUCUCGAGAUGGAAGUUCUACUUUUCUUGACAGAGGAAAACAUCCAAAUUCAUGGAGGAGGGAUGUAUUUGACAAUGGAAAUUCCUCAACCUUUGUUGUACAGGAGCAGGAGAGUGGUUACCGCAGUCCAAGGCGAGAUGCAUUCGGUUCAGGGAGAUCAUUUCCUAGGAAAGAGUUCUAUGGGGGUCCUGGAGCCAUGUCUACUAGGACAUCUUCCAAAGGAGGGAUCUCAGAACCACAUUUGUUAGAUGAUUUCCAUCACCUCAAAGGGCACAGAUGGAACUUUCCAGGGGAUGGAGACCAUUACAGCAGGAACUCAGAUAUUGACCCUGAGUUUCAUGAGAAUCCCGCUGACAAGUUUGGUGAUAUGGGAUGGGGACAGGGUCGUUCUCGUGGUAGUCUUCAUGCAUCUUAUCCAGAAAGAAUGUACCAGAAUGAGGCCGAAAGUUUUUCUUCCUUUGGGAGGUCCAGGCAUUCAAUGAGGCAGCCUCGUGUUCUCCCCCCUCCAUCACUGAUUUCUAUGCAUAAAAGUUCUAUUGGAGGUCAAUCUGAACGUCCUAGUUCUUCAGCUUUUCUUGACAGUGAGAUGAAUUAUCACCAUUCUCUCAGAAGAAGUGAACCAAUCAUCCAAAGGGGAUAUGAGGGUGGUUAUCAGGAGAAGCCUGAACAUCCUAGGGUAAUGGAUUCCCAACAAGAGAAUACUGCUGCUGAGGAGCCCAAACUGGAGAAGGCUUCCACACCGAGGUGUGAUUCACAGUCCUCACUUUGUGUUUCAAGUCCGCCCAAUUCGCCUACUCCUUUAUCACAUGAUGACUUGGAUGAUGCUGGGGAUUCACCAGUCUUGCCAGCUUCUGCAGAAGGUGGAGAGGUACCUCUGUCUGAUGUGGCAGCAACAGAAGCUGGGAAUUUGAAUACGAUAACAGCUUCACGUUCUGUAUCUCCUGGUGAAGAUGAAGAAUGGGCUAGUGAGAAUAAUGAUUUACAGGAGCAAGAAGAGUAUGAUGAAGAGGAAGAUGGUUACCAUGAAGAGGAUGAAGUUCAUGAAGGAGACGAUGAAAAUAUAAGGCUGGUUCAGGAGUUUGAAGAAUUACACUUGGAAGAGCAGGAUGCAUCAGACAAGAUGGACGAGCUGGUCUUAGGCUUCAAUGAUGGUGUUGAAGUUGGAAUGCCUAGUGGAGAUGAGUUAGAAAGAACCUCUGGGAAUGGAGAAAAUGCAGUUGGCAUACAAGAGGUUACUGUUGGAAUUGCAGAAAAAAGAUCUUUUGAUGGGUUUGUUGGUAAUGGACAGAGCCUUCAACCUGAUAAUAGCUCUCCUGAUAUGACCAUGGAAAAUUCUUCUAAAAUGACCCAGGAAUCUGAGAAGGCACUUCAAGAUGUGGUUCUGCCACCUGUAAAUGUUCCCCAUAAUUUGGGAACAUCUAGUUAUCUUCAGGGUAGCAUGGAAGCAUCUGAUAGUUCCAUUUUGCCAGCUCAGCAAUCAGUAGAUUCAUCUAUGAAUGUGGCCCUGCCUUCUCCAUCUGUCCAGUCAGUAAUGUCAACUGUUUCUGCUGUUCCAAGUCAGGCUGAUGUACCAGUACAGCUACAGUUUGGCCUGUUCUCUGGCCCAUCUCUGAUACCAUCUCCAGUUCCAGCCAUACAGAUUGGUUCUAUACAGAUGCCUCUCCAUCUGCAUCCCCCGGUUGGCCCAUCUCUUACACAGAUGCACCCAUCACAAGCUCCUAUCUUUCAGUUUGGUCAGCUCAGGUACACAUCUCCCAUCUCUCAGGGAAUCUUGCCAUUGGCUCCUCAAUCAUUGUCUUUUGUACAGUCUACUGUUCCAGCUCAUUAUUCAUUAAAUCAGAACCAGGGAAGCCUUCUGCAUAACCAAGCUGGCCCGGACACUACUCAGAACUGUAUAAUGAAAGAUAAAAUGUCAUCUAUUUUGAUAGAUAAUCAGUCUGUCCUUGUGUCAAAUAUUGCCGAUCUACCUAAGGAGGAUGCAUGCAAGGACAUGAAUUUAUUGUUAGUAAGAGAAAAUGCAGAAAAUGAAGUUCUGACAUCUCAGAGUCAAACACAGAUCUCUAUUCUUGGAGAAAAAAGGACAGGACCUGAUUCUGUUUCCCAAGAUCAAGGAUUUCAUGAUGUGACUGUGAAAAACUACAAUUCAGUAGCAAAUAAUAAAGAAUCGAUUUCACAAUCUGAAGCUGCUCCAUCUCAAUGUGUUAGAAAUGAAAGGGUUGUAGGUGGGUCAGAGGUUCCUCGUGUUCUGCUUGGUACCAAAGGGAAGAAGUUUUUCUACACUAUUAAGAAUUCUAGUUCAAGGUCGCCCUUUUCCAAUGUUGAAUCAGUUCGCACUGAUUCUAGUGGAUUUCCAAGAAGGGCCAGACGGAGCAUUUGGCGAACUGAGUUUAGAGUGCGGGAAAAUGUUGAUAGGAAGCAAACUGAAAGUUCAACUUCAUUGAGCAAUGCGCUGGAUGAAAGGUCAAAUUUGAAGGGAAGGGUGUCUGGUAGUCUUGCUCGAAAUGGGGGUAAGAAAGGUUCUUUGGAGAAAUCAUCCAAGCAGAUGGUUGAAUCUGAAUGCCAAGCCUCUCGAUCAAGUAGUUCUCAUGUUAUAGAUUCUCACAGCAAGAUGGAAAAGGGACUAGGUAAAGAUGUGCCGGCAAAAAAGUUGACCUCUUCAAUUGGCAUGUCAUGCACCGGAGAGGGAAAUGCAAAGAGAACCAUCAGUUCCGAGGAGGAUUUAGAUGCUCCUCUUCAAAGUGGUGUUGUGCGUGUUUUCAAGCAACCUGGUAUAGAAGCUCCUAGUGAUGAAGAUGACUUCAUUGAGGUAAGGUCCAAGAGGCAGAUGCUGAAUGAUAGGCGGGAACAGAGGGAAAAAGAAAUUAAAGCCAAGUCUAGGGUCUUCAAGACACCUCGAAAACCUCGUUCUGCUUCACAACCAAGUAUUAUAGCCUCUACGACAUUGAAUAGAUCUACAUCAUUGGGUGGAGAAGCAGCAAAAAAUAUUCUUUCUGAUGGACGAGCCUUGGCGAGUGGAGUAUCCUCUGGAGUUGCUACUACUAUGAUAUCACAACACUUGGCUCCAAUAGGCACCCCUGCUGUGAAUUCUGAUUCCCAGGCUGAUAUGAGAUCUCAUAGUAUCAAGUCCUUCCAAGCAGGCUCCAUUUCAAUGGUAUCUAGUAGUGGAUCAAACCUUGGACAAGGCUUAUCAUUUGAAAACAAGAACACCGUUCUAGACAAUGUUCAAACAUCACUUGGUUCCUGGGGCAAUGCACUAAUUAAUCAGCAGGUUAUGGCCCUAACCCAGACUCAACUUGAUGAGGCUAUGAAGCCUGCUCGAUUUGAUAAACAUGUUGCAUCAGUUGGAGACCACACCAACACUGUCAUUGAGCCUAGCAAACCAUCACCAUCCAUAUUGAGCCAGGACAAAUCAUUUUCUUCGGCAGCAAGCCCUCUCAAUUCCCUGCUGGCUGGGGAGAAAAUUCAAUUUGGUGCUGUUACAUCUCCAACCAUUCUCCCUCCUGGUAGCCGUGUUGUUCCAAAUGGGAUUGGUCCUACAGGCUCAUGUAGAACAGAUGUUCAAAUUGACCACAAUUUGUCUGCAGCAGAGAAUGACUGCACCCUUUUUUUCAACAAAGAGAAGCACCCUGAUGAAUCUUGUGUUCAUUUAGAAGAUCCUGAAGCCGAGGCUGAAGCUGCUGCUUCAGCAGUUGCCGUUGCUGCUAUUAGUAGUGAUGAGAUAGCUGUGAAUGGAUUGGGGGCAUGCUCUAUUUCAGUUUCAGAUGGUAAAAGCUUUGGAGGUGCAGAAAUUGACGGAUUGGCAACUGGAAGUGGUGUCACUGGCAAUCAGCAAUCAACAAGUCAAGCUAGGGGUGAAGAAUCCCUAGCUCUUCCAGCUGAUCUAUCUGUUGAGACUCCAUCCCUUUCCUUAUGGCCACCUUUGCCUAGCCCACAAAAUUCUUCCAGCCAAAUGCUUUCACAUUUUCCUGCUGCCCCACCUUCCCAUUUUCCUUGCUAUGAGAUGAGCCCCAUGAUAGGGCCACCUAUCUUUUCCUUUGGGCAUGAUGAAUCUGCUGGUUCUCAAUCACAAUCACAAAAGACUAGCACAACUUCAGGGCCGUUGGGUGCUUGGCAACAAUGCCAUUCUAGUGUAGAUUCUUUCUAUGGUCCACCGGCAGGGUUUACAGGCCCCUUUAUCAGUCCACCUGGAGGAAUUCCGGGUGUUCAAGGUCCUCCUCACAUGGUUGUCUACAACCAUUUUGCACCAGUUGGUCAGUUUGGCCAGGUUGGCUUGAGUUUCAUGGGUACCACUUAUAUUCCGUCAGGAAAGCAACCAGACUGGAAGCACAAUCCUGCAUCUUCCACAAUGGUUGUUGGUGAGGGGGACAUCAACAAUCUGAAUAUGAUCUCUGCACAGCGUAAUGCCCCCAGUAUGCCUACUCCAAUUCAGCAUCUGGCCCCAGGAUCGCCUCUGCUUCCCAUGGCCUCUCCAUUAGCCAUGUUUGAUAUGUCUCCUUUCCAGUCAUCUCCCGACAUGUCAGUUCAGGCUCGAUGGUCUCAUGUUCCUGCAUCACCUCUUCAAUCUAUUCCAUUAUCAAUGCCAUCACAACAGCAGCAGACAGAAAGCACUUUGCCCACACAAUUCAACCAUGGGCUGGCCGUGGAGCAGUCAUCAACUGGCAACGGGUUCCAUGAGCCUCAUUCUUCAUCACCCCCAGAUAGCAGGAGUUUCCCCGUGACAACUGAAGCCACUGCAACUCAGUUUCCUGAUGAACUAGGGCUGAUGGAUCCGUCAAACACUAGCACUACCAGGGUUUCAAGCAGCAGACCGGUGUCAUUCAGCUCCUCCAAUGAGAAUGCCAAAGCCCAAAGUGUAGUCACAAAGAGUUCAUCCAGAAAUGCAGUUGCAAAUGCUGGUGAUGGUGGAGCCAGCAACAACAGCAGCAACACAAGCAACAGUGGCAGGCAGAGCGUGAAUUCUGUAUUCAAGGCUCAGACGUCACAGCAGCAGACCUCAUCAAACCAUCAGUAUCUUCAUCACGCUGGAUACUUGGAUCAAAGAGGAGUUUCUCAGAAGGUUGGUUCAGGAGGUGAAUGGUCUCAUCGAAGAAUGGGGUUUCAGGGACGAAAUCAAUCAUCGGGCACAGAAAAAAACUUAGCUUCUUCAAAAAUCAAGCAAAUUUAUGUGGCCAAAGCAGCCACAAGUGGGACAUCGGCAGCAGUUUGAGGUCACAAGUUCUGUGUUUUUUUUCCUUGUUUUGGAUGGAAAUGUCGUGGUUCUCUGAAACUAAAACCUUUGGGUGGGUUAUAGGUGUUUGAUUCUGUUGACAGCUAUGGGUGGUUAUUGAAGGUGAGUGUGGUGAGGCUUGUUUUUUGGCCAUAUUUAUGGCUAAUUGCCUAAUUUUGUUAGGGAAGGAGAGACAGAGCAGGAGAAAAGACAUGUCUUGGGGUCCCAAGGUGGUGAUAUUUUAACGUCAUAAAGAGCAUGGCGUUGGUGUGGGAAAUCUCUUUAAAUUUUGUUUUUCUUAUGCCUUGGCUCCAAACCUAAGGCUAUUCCUGUGACCGAGUCGAUGUAUUGCAAAAGAAAAUUUGAGAUCUAGCUGAUUUUUUUCCA